AUGGCCCUAAACCUCACCGAGACCCGUGCGCCCAAAAUCUUUGCGGUGAAUCUCGUGUUCGGUAUCUUGACUAUACUGAUUGUUCUACUGAGGACGUACACUCGUGCAGUAAUAGUCAAGAGCUUCGGCUUAGACGAUUGGAUCAUGAUUCUAGCCACUAUGUUUUAUGUUGUUUAUACGUUUUGCUCGAGCUACGGUGCUUACUUUGGCACAGGACAGCACAUGGCCAAUCUCUCACCAGAAAACAGCAAGAACGCGAUGAUGUACUGGUGGUUCUGCUACCUUUUUUACAUUCUCACUAUGAUUUGUUCUAAGCUUUCGUUUGCUUGGUUCUUACUUCGAAUCACGACCGCGAAAAUACAUUCCUGGAUUAUAUAUGGGGCGUCUAUGGUCACUGUUCUUGCAGGCAUUGCUUUCUUCUUUGUUACUCUUUUUCAGUGCCGGCCAAUCUCGUACUACUGGGAUAAGAGCCAAUCCGGAAAAUGCUUUGAAAUGGGUGCCGUCAUGGUUGUGGCGUAUCUCUACAGCGCCUUCAGCGUCAUCACAGAUUUUACCUUUGCAGCUCUACCUGGUUUUGUCAUCUGGAGCCUCCAUAUGGCGAAACGAACAAAAAUUGCACUUAUCAUCUUGAUAGCAAUGGGCUGCAUUGCAUGCUCUGCAAUUAUUGUCCGAUUGGCAUAUCUCUCGACUUUGAGAGAUCCCGACUUUUUGUGGGCUACCACCGACGUUGUUAUUUGGACUUCAAUUGAGAUGGGCCUAGCUAUAAGUGCGGCAAGUUUGGCAACUUUACGACCCCUUGUCAGAACAAUUGGGUGGAAGCUGGGUGUAACGCAGUUGCCAAAGUCGCCAACUCGAACCUUUCAUAGCAAUGGUGUGACGCCAGCAACGACAACGAGCAAUGAGGGACGUCCGCAACCGCCUGACAACAACGUUUACAUCAUGUCCGGAUUCUCGAGAGAGUUGACUUACCCCAAGCUGAACGCAAUAGAGAAGUUUGGGACGCGCUCAACUGCCUAUACAGAGCUUAGUAAGGGGACAGACUUUAUCGUAUAUAGCCCUCGAACUUAG